AAGUUAAAUGGGGGAAUGAAGGAGGCAGAAAUCAUGAGGCAGAAAUCAUUCCGUGGAGUAUGGAAACUACCCGGAGGGCCCAAGGUUUAGGGACAGGUGCAGCCAGACACAGUAAAAGGUCAGAGCAAGAAAAACAAGGAAGAUUUGGAGUGCCAAACAGAAUAUCUGUGGUCAUGCACCUGAGUCCCCACCCCGGACUUAUGCAAACAAUUCCCAGAAAUAGCUGAGCUCAUAACAGUUUCUAGGGUGCCCCUCAGCAGUUUCUAGAACCCUCUCGUGACCGGAGUUUUUAUUCAAACUAACCAAUGAUCUUGCUCCUCGCUUCUGUACCCGCGCUUUUUUGCUAUAAAAUGAGACCAAAGAAUCCACCCGGCGCGCCAGUCCCUCUAGGUGACUGAGUCGCCCGAGUACUCGUAAGUUCAAUAAACCUCUUGCUAUUUGCAUCCGGAGUUGUGUUCGCGUUGAUCCUGGGAGGGUUUCUCAAGGUCGGUGGACUACCCGAACAUUGGGGUCUUUCAUUUGGGGGCUCGUCCGGGAUCUGAGAUUCCCACCCAAGGACCGCCGAACCACCGACGGGAGGUAAGCUGGCCAGCGAUCGCUCUAUGUUCUCUCUGUGUCUGACUCCGAAAACUCUGACUGUCUAUUCGGUGUGCGCGCAUUUUUGGUUUCAGUUUAUUCCGGGUUAAUCGAUCUAAGAUCGAGGCGUGAGUAGCGGACAGACGUGUUCGGGGGCUCACCGCCCGGCAAUCCUGGGAGACGUCCCAGGAUCAGGGGAGGACCAGGGACGCCUGGUGGACCCCACGGCAAGGGAUAAUUCUCUUCUGAUCUCACAGUUGCACUAUCUUGAGAGACAUACCCUACCUUCUGACUCUUUUUCCUGUCUUUUUAAUAUACGUCUACGCCGCCAUAUAAUUUUUUUCCUUUUUAUUUCAAUAAUAAUCAUUAUCUGGGUCGUAAUUCCACUCUUCGGGACCCCCAGAAUGGGACAGGGUGAGUCGACCCCUCUCUCUCUUACACUAGAUCACUGGAAAGACGUGAAGACAAGGGCUCACAAUCUUUCCGUGGAGAUAAGAAAGGGAAAGUGGCAAACCUUCUGUUCCUCCGAGUGGCCCACGUUCGAAGUGGGAUGGCCACCGGAGGGGACUUUUAAUCCUUCUAUUAUUUCUGCAGUCAAAAGGAUUGUCUUCCAGGAGACUGGAGGACACCCGGACCAGGUUCCCUACAUCAUAGUUUGGCAGGACCUCUCCAACAGCCCCCCCCCAUGGGUGCCACCCUUAGCCAAGAUCGCCGUUGCCUCUGGUCAAGAUAACGGGCGAAAGUCGGCGGGGGGGAGGCCGUCCGCUCCUUCCCGGCUCCCCAUCUACCCGGAGACGGACAGCCUGUUCCUCCUCUCAGAACCCCCGCCCUAUCCAACGUCCCCUCCACCUCCCCCAGCCCCUCACGCGGCCAGACCAGCGCCAGGCCUAAUGGCUGAGGGACUCGGCUCUGAGGGACCGGCCGCUGGAACUAGGAGUCGCCGUCCCCGCAGUCCUACGGGUGACACUGGUCCUGACUCCACUGUGGCCCUGCCCCUCCGGGCCGUGGGACCCCCGGCCGAACCAAACGGCUUAGUCCCCUUGCAAUAUUGGCCUUUCUCCUCAGCAGAUCUCUAUAAUUGGAAAUCUAAUCAUCCUUCUUUUUCCGAGAAUCCUACAGGACUCACGGGACUCCUUGAGUCCCUCAUGUUUUCCCACCAGCCUACUUGGGACGAUUGCCAGCAGCUCCUGCAAGUCCUCUUUACCACCGAGGAAAGAGAAAGGAUUCUUUUGGAGGCUCGCAAGAACGUCCUUGGAGUUAACGGGGCCCCUACACAACUCGAGAACCUCAUUAAUGAGGCCUUCCCCCUUAAUCGACCUCAGUGGGAUCACAACACGGCUGAAGGUAGGGAGCGUCUCCUGGUCUACCGCCGGACUCUAGUGGCGGGUCUCAAAGGGGCAGCAAGGCGCCCCACCAAUUUGGCCAAGGUAAGAGAAGUCUUGCAGGGACCAACAGAACCCCCGUCCGUUUUUCUAGAACGUCUAAUGGAGGCUUAUAGGAGAUAUACCCCAUUUGAUCCCUCUUCUGAGGGACAAAAGGCGGCGGUGGCCAUGUCCUUUAUCGGACAGUCUGCCCCGGAUAUUAAAAAGAAAUUACAAAGACUGGAAGGACUCCAGGACCAUUCCUUGCAGGAUCUCAUAAAGGAGGCAGAGAAGGUAUAUCAUAAGAGAGAGACAGAGGAAGAAAAGCAAGAAAGAGAGAAAAAGGAGACAGAGGAAAGAGAGAGACGGCGUGACAGGCGCCAGGAGAAAAACUUGACCAAAAUCUUGGCCGCGGUAGUAAGUGAGAAAGGGUCCAGAGGGAGACAGGCAGGGAAUCUGAGCAACAGGGCAAUGAGGGCACCUAGGGAAGGAAGACCGCCUCUGGACAAAGAUCAGUGCGCAUACUGUAAAGAAAGGGGCCAUUGGGCAAGGGAGUGCCCCCGGAAGAAGAACGCCAGGGAAACCAAUGUCCUGACCCUGGGUGACUAGGGGAGUCGGGGUUCGGACCCCCUCCCCGAGCCCAGGGUAACGUUAACUGUGGAGGGGAUCCCCACUGAGUUUUUGGUUGAUACCGGGGCCGAACAUUCAGUAUUGACCAAGCCUAUGGGAAAGAUGGGACCCAAACGGACAGUCGUGGCUGGGGCGACGGGCAGCAAAGUUUACCCUUGGACCACCAAGAGACUUUUGAAAAUUGGACAAAAGCAAGUGACCCACUCAUUCUUGGUCAUACCCGAAUGCCCUGCUCCCCUGUUAGGCAGGGACCUCCUCACCAAGCUAAAAGCUCAAAUCCAGUUUUCCACAGAGGGCCCACAGGUAACAUGGGAAGACCGCCCCGCCAUGUGUUUAGUCCUGAACUUGGAGGAGGAAUACCGAUUACACGAAAAGCCGGUCCCUCCUUCUAUCGACCCGUCAUGGCUCCAACUCUUUCCCAUGGUUUGGGCCGAGAAGGCAGGUAUGGGACUGGCCAAUCAAGUCCCACCAGUGGUAGUGGAACUGAAGUCAGAUGCCUCACCAGUGGCUGUUCGACAGUACCCAAUGAGCAAGGAAGCCCGGGAGGGUAUCAGGCCCCACAUCCAAAGAUUCUUGGAUUUGGGGAUUCUGGUACCUUGCCAGUCGCCCUGGAACACCCCUUUGUUACCUGUAAAAAAACCUGGAACCAAUGACUAUCGGCCAGUCCAAGAUUUGAGGGAGGUCAACAAAAGAGUACAGGACAUUCAUCCCACAGUCCCGAACCCCUAUAACCUACUCAGUUCCCUCCCGCCCAGCCACACCUGGUAUUCAGUUUUAGACCUCAAAGAUGCUUUCUUUUGCCUCAAGCUACACCCCAACAGCCAGCCAUUGUUCGCGUUUGAAUGGAGAGAUCCAGAAAAAGGCAAUACUGGCCAGCUAACCUGGACUCGGCUACCGCAAGGAUUCAAGAACUCUCCCACCCUCUUCGAUGAGGCCCUCCACCGGGAUCUGGCAUCCUUCAGGGCUCUCAACCCCCAGGUAGUGAUGCUCCAAUAUGUUGAUGACCUCCUGGUAGCGGCCCCAACGUACCGAGACUGCAAAGAAGGGACACGAAGGCUCUUACAGGAACUAAGUAAGUUGGGAUACCGAGUGUCGGCCAAAAAGGCCCAGCUUUGCCGGGAGGAAGUUACGUAUCUCGGGUAUUUGCUAAAAGGGGGGAAGAGAUGGCUGACCCCAGCCCGAAAGGCCACUGUAAUGAAGAUCCCCACCCCUACAACCCCCAGACAAGUCCGUGAGUUUUUGGGCACUGCUGGAUUCUGUAGGCUCUGGAUCCCUGGUUUCGCUUCCCUGGCUGCACCCCUGUACCCCCUGACGAGAGAAAAGGUUCCCUUUACCUGGACUGAGGCCCACCAGGAAGCCUUUGGCCGUAUAAAAGAGGCCCUGCUAUCGGCCCCCGCCCUGGCCCUUCCGGACCUCACCAAGCCAUUUGCUCUGUACGUGGAUGAAAAAGAGGGUGUUGCCCGGGGGGUGCUUACUCAAACCCUAGGACCAUGGCGACGCCCGGUAGCUUACCUGUCAAAAAAAUUAGAUCCGGUGGCCAGUGGGUGGCCAACUUGCCUAAAAGCAAUUGCGGCCGUAGCACUCCUUCUCAAGGACGCUGAUAAGUUAACCCUAGGACAGAACGUGUUGGUGAUUGCACCUCACAACCUGGAAAGUAUUGUGAGACAGCCCCCCGACCGAUGGAUGACAAAUGCCAGGAUGACCCAUUACCAAAGUCUGCUGCUGAAUGAGAGGGUGUCUUUUGCGCCCCCGGCCAUUCUGAAUCCUGCCACCCUGCUCCCCGUAGAGUCAGACGACACCCCAAUACACAUAUGCUCAGAAAUCCUUGCCGAGGAGACAGGAACCCGACCUGAUCUGAGAGAUCAGCCGUUGCCCGGGGUACCCGCUUGGUAUACGGAUGGCAGCAGUUUCAUCAUGGAUGGCAGGCGACAAGCAGGUGCUGCCAUUGUGGACAACAAGCGGACGGUGUGGGCGAGCAACCUGCCAGAGGGAACGUCAGCUCAGAAGGCCGAACUAAUCGCCUUGACACAAGCAUUACGCUUGGCCGAAGGAAAAAGCAUCAACAUCUACACGGACAGCAGGUACGCUUUUGCCACCGCUCAUGUUCACGGGGCUAUAUACAAACAAAGAGGACUGCUCACUUCCGCUGGAAAAGACAUCAAGAACAAAGAGGAGAUUUUGGCCCUGCUAGAGGCCAUCCAUCUCCCUAAGCGAGUCGCUAUCAUCCAUUGCCCCGGCCACCAAAGAGGGACUGACCCUGUGGCUACCGGAAACCGAAAGGCCGAUGAGGCCGCGAAACAAGCUGCCCAGUCAACCAGAAUACUGACGGAGACCACGAAAAAUCAAGAACACUUCGAGCCUACACGGGGGAAGAUCAAGCCGAGAGAGCUCACCCCUGACCAGGGAAGGGAAUUCAUUCAACGGCUGCAUCAGCUCACGCACUUAGGGCCAGACAAGCUUCUCCAGCUUGUAGGUCGCACCAGUUUUCACAUCCCGAAUCUCCAGUCUGUAGUGCGUGAAAUCACCAGCAAGUGUCAGGUUUGUGCUGUAACUAACGCAGUCACCACCUACCGAGAGUCUGGAAGGAGGCAAAGGGGAGAUCGACCCGGCGUGUAUUGGGAAGUAGACUUCACAGAGGUUAAGCCUGGCCGGUAUGGUAAUAGAUAUUUGCUAGUGUUUAUCGAUACAUUUUCUGGGUGGGUAGAAGCUUUCCCUACAAAAACAGAGACAGCCCUGACCGUCUGCAAGAAGAUACUUGAGGAAAUCCUACCUCGUUUCGGGAUCCCUAAGGUACUCGGGUCCGACAAUGGCCCUGCCUUCGUUGCUCAGGUAAGCCAGGGGUUGGCCACUCAACUGGGGAUUAAUUGGAAAUUACAUUGUGCAUAUAGACCCCAGAGCUCAGGUCAGGUAGAAAGGAUGAAUAGGACAAUUAAAGAGACCUUGACAAAAUUGGCCUUAGAGACCGGUGGAAAAGACUGGGUGACCCUCCUCCCUUUGGCGCUACUUAGGGCCCGGAAUACCCCUGGCCAGUUUGGCCUGACUCCUUAUGAGAUUCUUCAUGGGGGGCCGCCCCCUGUACUUGCGUCUGGGGAAGUCGUGGGUUCUAAUGGUGAUUUUUUUCCCGUUCUAUUUACCCACUUGAAGGCUUUAGAGGUUGUGAGGACUCAGAUCUGGGACCAGAUAAAAGAAGCCUACAGGCCUGGUACUGUGGCCAUUCCCCACCCGUUCCAGGUCGGUGACCGAGUGCUGGUUAGACGUCAUCGGUCCGGCAGCCUUGAGCCUCGGUGGAAAGGCCCAUACCUGGUGCUACUGACCACCCCGACCGCGGUGAAGGUUGACGGUAUUGCUGCCUGGGUCCAUGCUUCUCAUCUCAAACCCGCGCCACCUGGGGCACCCGAUGAGUCCUGGGAACUGGAAAAGACUGAUCAUCCUCUUAAGUUGCGUGUUCGGCGGCGCCGAAAUGAAUCAACAGCAUAA